UGGCCAAUUAUAGUUGCUGUAAUUGGUUCAGCGGUACUCAUCGCCUGACGGGAUGCGCAGGUGACAGUUCUCCGCUUCCAUCCGGUAGCAAUCCUUCAUCGCCCCUACCAGUUUCUUACCGGCCCGUUUCCCCCUUUAAUGAGCCAUAGAGGCUAGCCAGAACCAGAUGCCAGAUGAUGGUACUAUUUGGCGCCCACAAGUCUCUCUACACUGGUCACUCGUAGCGCUAUGCUUUCAUCUGCGACAACGGCAACCGCAACAGCGCCAGCAGUAGUGCUAAUGAGUAAUAGUACCGGUAGUAGUACUUCAUAUUCCUCCUUUCCGCCUGCCGGAGUCAGCAGAGCUGGGCGUCAUCUACAAAGAGCGCGCGCAUCGAGAAGGUCUCACUAGCAGAUGUUCUUGUUGCGACACUCACUCCGCGCAGAGCCUACCGGCGUGCUGAACUCCGGCGUCUGUGCUCAACGUACCGCAGUCGUUCUAAGCGCCUCUUUGAGACCAGCGAGUUUCGGGUUUUUCAUAUACAUACAGCGGAUAUAAACAAUAUAACCAAGCUCGUUAACGGUGUCGCUCACGUUCAUGUAUGUGCUCUGUCAGAAAAAAUCCAAUGCUCUUCGCAAGUAUUUAAUGAGUGCAUGAAGACGAACAUUAGGCAGUGUGUUCGUACAUGAUUUGUGUGACAAUCCUGAUAUUUUCUGAUCUGACCUCUUGUAUCAGCUGUACGGUCGGCAAUUCGUGAAGAAAAGAAGCGAAGCCUGAAGGCACGCUCUUCUACGACACGCAUUUCUACGCUGGCGCAAAAGGCACAAUGACAGCCGGAGACAACAGUAAUGCGCUGCUUGGCAGCUACUACACAAUGAACGCACAAAUGUCGAAAGUGUCGAUUGAAGAUGACGAAGACUGCCUGCGCAGUCCCGCCUUCGAAGAUGAGGGAUCCUGUACACAGCUUCGAUUGAUGUAUCCGGCCGCGGGAGCAGUCUUCAUGGCUGCCCUAGCUAUCGGCGCAGCAAUCGGGUAUCCCGCAAUGGCCAUCAGCUCGAUAAUCGCCGACGCGGCUUUUGGUUCUGCAGUUGGCGCUGCAAUGGAAAAAGACUCCACAAACAUUGCUUGGUUCAACAGCAUUGUGGCACUCGCCGCCUUAUUGGGCGCCUUCAUUGCAGGACCUUUGGCGAACUCGACGGGUCGAAAGCCUACGAUCAUUAUUGCUUGCGUCCCUUUUACCAUCGGUUGGAUAUUAGUUGCUGUAGCAGAAGACCUUUCGGUGUUAUUCGGAGGACGUAUUCUUACUGGAAUAUCAACUGGAAUGAUUUGUGUCGCUGGACCUAUCUACAUCGUGGAAGUGUCUUCUCACUCAGCUCGGGGCCUUCUUGGAGGUCUCUUCGGAGGAAUCAUGUCAACUGGUAUCCUGCUCUGUGGAAUUUUCGGAGGCCUAGUUCUAGAGUGGCGUGGCUUGGCGUUUCUAAAUGCAACUCUUCCGGCUCUGACAACCAUUGCCUUUCUCUUCCUACCAGAGUCACCUAAACUGCUGGUCUCGAAAGGAAGAUUUGAUGAAGCGGUUCAGGCUAUGAAAAGACUGCAUGGUAAUCGUAUCGAUGCCCGACUUGAGGUCUUCGUCAUGAAAGAUCAAUGUGAACAUCAUGAGGAAUUUUCAAUGCGGGAUAUCUUUUCGAAAGCGACGCUGAAAGCUGCUGGAAUCGCAAUUUCUCUAAUGUUGUUCCAGGGAUUUUCUGGCAUAAACGCUGUCAUCAUGUACGCCGUUCCCAUUUUCCGCACGGCCGCACCAUCAGUAAACCCGAUUUACUGCACGAUCAUGCUGCAGGCCUUACAGGCCUUAUUUAAUGCCAUUGCUUCACCCAUCACAAACCGCUUUGGUCGGAAAGUUCCAAGCGUCAUUUCGACGUUGGGCGUAUGCGUCUCGCUCAGCGGGUUCGCCUUUUACCAGCAUUCGAACACGGACAGUCAUGUCUGGGUACCAGUGCUUUGUUGCAUGACUGCUGUCAUUUCAUUCGCAAUUGGGUUGGGCCCCUUGCCGUGGCUCAUCGUGGCCGAAAUUUCACCCACAAGAACCGCGGGCCUGAUUUCAGCUUUAGCCACAUCAACAGCUUGGGCAUCCUUCUUCAUCCUUAUUCGAACCUUUGAUAGUCUUGUGACUGCGCUGAGUUCGCCUGUGGUUUUUUGGAUAUACUCGGGCUGGUGUUUUGUCGGCGUUCUAUUCAGUAUUUUCCUUCUGCCCGAAACGGCCAACAAAUCCCACUACGAAAUCCAAAUGAUGCUAGAGGGGCGAACUUUUCCCAAGGAACUUGAGAAUGAAGGAGCCCGUGACAGCCCUAAAGUUCUCGUACACAAUGAACAGGAUAGCUGUUAAGCAGGCCAACUCCUGAGAUCCUUAACCAGGUGUUUUCCCUUUAAAACUGGCUGUAAACACUAAAUACUAUCAACAUUAGAUCUGUUAUUUUGGAUGUAUAUCUCAUAGAUAGAUACAUUUGCUGUUCUAAAGCAGCCUGGGAGAAUUAACGUUCAAACCCAAUGAAAAUACAUAGAGAAAAUAUUCGCAGAGGCAAAAAUUUUUACCCGAGUAUCUUCUCAUAAUACUUGCUAUAUGUCAUUAUCUCAUUAAUGGAUAAUUAAUAUGUCGACAAUAGACAAUGAAACACCUCCACUUCCUCAGUAAACGCGUACCUUUAGUAAGUUCUUUCUUCGAGAAAUUCGUUUGAAACUACUUGUACGCCAAAUACCUGCAAUAUUCAUCUGACAGAGUGUUUCAGUGUGUUGACUGUCUCAGAAGUCGUACAUUUUUACAAUGCAUACAUCAUUCGCGAAUGAAGAACAUCAGGAUGAAGUCGAACAGAUGUUGACGUAAAGCUCGGCUAGAUCUGACUCAUAGAAUAGCAUUAUUUAUCAAUCAGUUUAGCAUUAAUUUUCAAAUGUUAAAUCCAGCAAACAGACGUACUACGCUGCUAAAAUGUUUUUUUUUUUUUCUAGUGGCUUUUAUCGGUUUUCAGUAACGCUAUCAUAGAAAAUCGUUUGGCUAGGAGAAGUUCCCAUUUGAGUGGAUAUUGCUCCAGUCUGUAAAUAGUUGCAUACUCAUGACCUCUAGCACGAUCUGAAGUUGUACCAAAAACCUUCAUAGAAAAAAGUGGUCUCGAGCGGCACUUUUAAACGUAAUCGAGUCCCUGAUUUAUGGCUUACCUCAGGAUUCAUACAGAAAAAAAGCCGCAGAGAUACAGGUCGAAAUUGAACAAGCGACAUCCAAAGGGGCAUAUCAGGCUUUUCGUCUGAAAGUUUUUCCGUAUUACUUCUUUAAACAGUCGUAAUUCCAUAUUUGUAUUGAUCAUAUAAUCGAUAAACUAUACAAGUGUUGCUUCUAUACGCUAUAUUUUAAUAAUCUACUAUUGUGAAACAGUGACCAAAGUGGUUUAAUGCCUCUCGUUGACCUCUUGUUUCAUUAGAUAAGUAAGGUGCUUCUUAUCUAAUUAUGGAUAUAAUAAGGUUGGGUUUUAAAAAAAAAAAAAAACAUUCAUUCCGUUCGUUGAAAAUGCAAAGUAAUAUUUUUUUACUGUUCAAGUGUUGACCCUAAUUUAGAGUAUUUGCCUUGUGCAAUCAUAAUUUGAAUGUGUGAGCCGAAAAAAUAAGUUCCAUAGUCCUGAUUUUAUCGUUUAUAACAAGUAGUUGGCCGCAUUAUCUAGUAAGUGCCUAAUAAAAUGGCUGUGACAAUUUGUAGUACGUGAAUCAGAUACGUUGCAAUGAUUUUUACAGUUUUCAGCGUGCCGAUUUCCUGUAUAGUUACGCAUGCUUCAUUUCCCAAGCUUAAAAGCUAAAUCUGUACGCUUCUAUUAGACAAUGUUGAUUGAAUUUAUAAUCGUACCCGAAGACAUCCGCUCUUUUAAUACAAACAAACGAUUUUCUUCUUGAAGAAAAAUUCUUUUAGAGAGUAUCUACUAUUUGCAGAAAAUAAAAAUUUCGUUGUAUUAUCGGCUCAGUUAUUUAAAAUGGUUCGACUGUAGCCGUCUAGGAGGCUGCGUAUCAGAUUCAUGUUGAUGUUUCAUUAUUUUUUUACAUGAUUUUUUCGCGUCGCUGAUGAGAGACGACUGAAGUGAGAGUUUUCUAGAUGACUAUUUUUUAUCCGUAGUGGUACCUAAAGCCUUUACUUCGUCGUAUAUAUAUGUACAUAAAUUUUAGUUAAACACCACGAAAAAGUGCAAAAAACGUUGUAUAUAAAUGAAUAUACAUAUAAAAUAAAACGCUACGAAUCAGUGCUAAGAAAAUCGACAAUACCAGGCGUCUUCCAUUCCUAAGCUUCUGUGGCUUCAUGACUUGAAAACUAACCAUGCAUCAUAGAGUUUCAGUACUCAGACGCCUUAGAUACAUUACCUUUAUUUCUUCACUUCUCACCUCCAUCUUUUCUUUUUACCUGUAGAAUAGACCCUGCUCCCUUGAAACAGCAAAUGGAACUACCGUCAAGUGCUGUU